AUGGGUAGGUAGGCUAACUGUAUAGCUAGUAGGCUACUCAUUGAUUUCUGACUGAAUCACAGAAACACAAAUAAACAUAGCCUCACUGACAUACAGUUUCUUCAAGUCAAUUAUUACAGUAAUAUGCAGAGGCGCACGCACACACACCAUAACAUUUAUGUCCUCCCCUCGAAGGCUCAUACAAAUCAAAUAAGGGAAAACCCCAAUAAAGGAUUACAUUGUCCACCCUCAAGAUCAGAUAAGGGGAUUUGAGAUUCGGUCUGUAGCUGUCAGUGAUGUAACGCAUCACUAUGCUGUCUGUUGCCCCUGAAACAAAAUGAGAGAGAGAGAGAGAGAGAAAGAGAGAGAGGAACUACAUAAAGCCUCCCAUUGGAACUGUGGGGCUGUGUGCUAUGAAGGACAACUAGGACCCCAAACACAAGGACGCACGCUCCCCAGUCCGUCUCUCUCUCAGUCCCCUGGCUGCUAUCGCUAUCAUCUUCCCUCUGACUGUUCGAGCGACCACAGCAGCAGCAGCAGCUUCUCUCCGGUUACAUAAGCAAGGUUGUUGUUGUGAUACCAGAGAGGACCUUUGGCUAGUAAGUGAUGUGGCAUGUAGUGUGGCACCCAGACUAUACCAAUACCAGACAGCUCAGCACAUCAGCCUUCAGGGGCAAGGCAGACAGAAACAGGAGAAGAUGAUGAUGAUGAUGAUGAUGUGUCAAAAAAACAUGCUGGCAGUUUUUGCAAGCUCAGAGCAUUGGCGGAUCCCAUCCCUGUUAUCUUUUAGAGAAUUAUUUGACAGAGAGAGAAUUUGUGUCUUGGUUUUAGUCUUUGGACUUAUUCUUAGCGUUCUUAGAUAUUCUUCUGUGAUAUGAAACAAAGAGGCUUUGGUGCAAAGCAGGGUAGAGCUUCUCCAUGCUGUGCUGUGUUGUUGUAGUGGCUGCAUUUAGUCUACAAACAAAUGCUGGGUCUUGAAAGAGAUCCUUUUUUAGAUGAGCGCAUCAAAAGAUGAUCUGGUGUUUGAAAAUGAGUGGAGGAUUCGUCAAUGUGUCGGUCAGCCUCUCACCUAAGAAACAACAGGUGCAACAUAGGUUGAGUUAUAAAAUGUUCGAAACAAGUGAAUAUACAGGGCAUUCGGAAAGAAUUCAGACCCCUUGACUUUUUCCACAUUUUGUUACGUUACAGCCUUAUUCUAAAAUUGAUUCAAUGGUUUUUUCCCCCAUCAUCAAUCUACACACAAUACACCAUAACGACAAAGCAAAAACAGGUUUUUAGACUUUUUUGCUAAUUUAUAUAAAAUGAAAAAACAAAAUAUCACAUUUGCAUAAGUAUUCAGACCCUUUACUCAGUACUUUGAAGCACCUUUGGCAGUGAUUACAGCCUCAAGUCUUCUUGGGUAUUACGCUACAAGCUUGGCACACUUGUAUUUGGGGAGUUUCUCCCAUUCUUCUCUGCAGAUCGUCUCAAGCUCUGUCAGGUUUGAUGGGGAGCGUCGCUGCACAGCUAUUUUCAGGUCUCUCCAGAGAUAUUAGAUUGGGUUCAAGUCCGGGCUCUGGCUGGGUCACUCAAGGACGUGCAGAGACUUGUCCCGAAGCCACUCCUGCGUUGUCUUGGCUGUAUGCUUAGAGUCAUUGUCCUGUUAGAAGGUGAACCUUCACCCCAGUCUGAGGUCCUGAGCGCUCUGGAGCAGGUUUUCAUCAAGGAUCUCUCUGUACUUUGCUCCGUUCAUCUUUCCCCUCGAUCCUGACUAGUCUCCCAGUCCCUCCCACUGAAAAACAUCCCUACAGCAUGAUGCUGCCACCACCAUGUUUCACCGUAGGGAUGGUGCCAGGUUUCCUCCAGACGUGACGCUUGGCAUUUAGGCCAAAUAAUUCAAUCUUGGUUUCAUCAGACCAGAGAAUCUUCUUUCUCAUGGUCUGAGAGUCCUUUAGGUGCUUUUUGGCAAACUCCAAGCGGGCUGUCAUGUGCCUUUUACUGAGGAGUGGCUUCCGUCUGGCCACUCUACCCUAAAGGCCUGAUUGGUGGAGUGCUGCAGAGAUGGUUGUCCUUCUGGAAUGUUCUCCCAUCUCCACAGCGGAACUCUGGAGCUCUGUCAGAGUGACCAUUGGGUUCUUGGUCACCUCCCUGAUCAAGGCCCUUCUCCCCCGAUUGCUCAGUUUGGCCGGGCAGCCAGCUCUAGGAAUAGUCUUGGUGGUUCCAAACUUCUUCCAUUUAAGAAUGAAGGGGGCCACUGUGUUCUUGGGGACCUUAAAUGCUGCAGACAUUUUUUGUGCCUCAAGAUCUGUGCCUCAACACAAUCCUGUCUCAGAGCUCUACGGACAAUUCCUUCGACCUCAUGGCUUGGUUUUUGCUCUGACAUGCACUGUCAACUGUCAGACCUUAUAUAGACAGGUGUGUGCCUUUCCAAAUCAUGUCCAAUCAAUUGAAUUUACCACAGGUGGACUCCAAUCAAGUUGUAGAAACAUCUCAAGGAUGAUCAAUGGAAACAGGAUGCACCUGAGCUCAAUUUCGAGUCUCAUAGCAAAGGGUCUGAAUACUUAUAUAAGCAAGGUAUUUUUGUAUUUUUUUGCUUUGUCAUUAUGGGGUAUUGUGUGUAGAUUGAAGAAAAAAAUAAUUUAAUCAAUUUUAGAAUAAGGCUGUAAAGUAACUGUCACGACUUUGGCCGAGGCUGCCUCCCCUCCUUGUUCGGGCAGGCUUCGGCGUUCGUCGUCACCUGCUUACUAACCACUGCCGCCCCAAUCAUCAUCACAUUUGUCUUGUCAAUCACACACACCUGGUUCUAAUCCCCUCAUUAGUCUGUGUAUAAGUGUUCCCUCUGCCCCCUUGUCCUUGUGGGUGAUUGUUAUUUGUGAGAGUAGUAUAGCUCGGUGGAGCUACUCAUACAUUUUGUUGCCAGGGUAGAUUUUCCCCCUGUGCCAUUGUAUUAUUGGAUUCUACCUUUACCGUGUAUUUGCCAGGGAUGAGAGUUUCCCCUGUGCCUGUUUCGUUGAUCGCUAUUUGAGCGCAGUUAUGUGUCAACGAAGGAAUAAACUCUGUAUUCGGUGAUUACCCUCCUGCGCCUGACUCCUUUCAUCACACUCAUCACAGUAACAUAAUGUGAAAAAAGUCAAGGGGUCUGGAUACUUUCCGAAUACACUGUAUUCACCAUCUGUUACUCUCAUUCUAUACAUAUGUUACAUGGAGACAUAAUAUAUAUUAUAACUGAGAGACCUGGACAAAUGAUUUUCUAUAUCUGAGUCGAGGGUGGAACAUCAUUACUAAUCGAGGUGAUUUGGAAGGCUAAUGUGAUUUGGUGCAGACAAGCCGGUCUCUCCGUUUGUAAUGCACAUGAGACUCACCUCUCAUUUUAUCUCUCAAGUCACUGACUGACAUGGGAAAAGCUUGGGAAUGGAUCCUUUGGAAGGCCGUGACAUAAUGUUUCUCUUUCACAAUACUUGAUUUCACCAUACUAUAUCAACACUGGUGUGUAAGUGUGUGUUUAUAUGUGUGUGUGUGCGAGGCGUGCCUGUGUGAUAUCCCCAUGAGACAGAAAUAGACCUAGGUAAUCAAACCAGAAAUAGACCUAGGUAAUCAAACCAAAAAUAGACCUAGGUAAUCAAACCAAAAAUAGACCUAGGUAAUCAAACCAAAAAUAGACCUAGGUAAUCAAACCAGAAAUAGACCUAGGUAAUCAAACCAGAAAUAGACCUAGGUAAUCAAACCAAAAAUAGACCUAGGUAAUCAAACCAAAAAUAGACCUAGGUAAUCAAACCAAAAAUAGACCUAGGUAAUCAAACCAGAAAUAGACCUAGGUAAUCAAACCAGAAAUAGACCUAGGUAAUCAAACCAAAAAUAGACCUAGGUAAUCAAACCAGAAAUAGACCUAGGUAAUCAUACCACCCAUUGCAGAGUGUGGUUGACUCGUCAUCCAUUAGCGACGGAACAUAUUGGAUUCAUAGAGUACAUCAUUGCUUUGACAGUAAACUGUAACUAAAUAUAUUGAAGCUGUAUUUAGCUCCAUAUUUCAAGAUAAUGACAGGGCAGGCCUUGAACCUGCUAGUUGACAGAUAUACAGUGGGGAGAACAAGUAUUUGAUACACUGCCGAUUUUGCAGGUUUUCCUACUUACAAAGCAUGUAGAGGUCUGUAAUUUUUUAUCAUAGGUACACUUCAACUGUGAGAGACGGAAUCUAAAACAAAAAUCCAGAAAAUCACAUUGUAUGAUUUUUAACUAAUUAAUUUCCAUUUUAUUGCAUGACAUAAGUAUUUGAUCACCUACCAACCAGUAAGAAUUCCGGCUCUCACAGACCUGUUAGUUUUUCUUUAAGAAGCCCUCCUGUUCUCCACUCAUUACCUGUAUUAACUGCACCUGUUUGAACUCGUUACCUGUAUAAAAGACACCUGUCCACACACUCAAUCAAACAGACUCCAACCUCUCCACAAUGGCCAAGACCAGAGAGCUGUGUAAGGACAUCAGGGAUAAAAUUGUAGACCUGCACAAGGCUGGGAUGGGCUACAGAACAAUAGGCAAGCAGCUUGGUGAGAAGGCAACAACUGUUGGCGCAAUUAUUAGAAAAUGGAAGAAGUUCAAGAUGACGGUCAAUCACCCUUGGUCUGGGGCUCCAUGCAAGAUCUCACCUCGUGGGGCAUCAAUGAUCAUGAGGAAGGUGAGGGAUCAGCCCAGAACUACACGGCAGGACCUGGUCAAUGACCUGAAGAGAGCUGGGACCACAGUCUCAAAGAAAACCAUUAGGAACACACUACGCCGUCAUGGAUUAAAAUCCUGCAGCGCACGCAAGGUCCCCCUGCUCAAGCCAGCGCAUGUCCAGGCCCGUCUGAAGUUUGCCAAUGACCAUCUGGAUGAUCCAGAGGAGGAAUGGGAGAAGGUCAUGUGGUCUGAUGAGACAAAAAUAGAGCUUUUUGGUCUAAACUCCACUCGCCGUGUUUGGAGGAAGAAGAAGGAUGAGUACAACCCCAAGAACACCAUCCCAACUGUGAAGCAUGGAGGUGGAAACAUCAUUCUUUGGGGAUGCUUUUCUGCAAAGGGGACAGGACGACUGCACCGUAUUGAGGGGAGGAUGGAUGGGGCCAUGUAUCGCGAGAUCUUGGCCAACAACCUCCUUCCCUCAGUAAGAGCAUUGAAGAUGGGUCGUGGCUGGGUCUUCCAGCAUGACAACGACCCGAAACACACAGCCAGGGAAACUAAGGAGUGGCUCCGUAAGAAGCAUCUCAAGGUCCUGGAGUGGCCUAGCCAGUCUCCAGACCUGAACCCAAUAGAAAAUCUUUGGAGGGAGCUGAAAGUCCGUAUUGCCCAGCGACAGCCCCGAAACCUGAAGGAUCUGGAGAAGGUCUGUAUGGAGGAGUGGGCCAAAAUCCCUGCUGCAGUGUGUGCAAACCUGGUCAAGACCUACAGGAAACGUAUGAUCUCUGUAAUUGCAAACAAAGGUUUCUGUACCAAAUAUUAAGUUCUGCUUUUCUGAUGUAUCAAAUACUUAUGUCAUGCAAUAAAAUGCAAAUUAAUUACAAUGUGAUUUUCUGGAUUUUUGUUUUAGAUUCCGUCUCUCACAGUUGAAGUGUACCUAUGAUAAAAACAGACCUCUACAUGCUUUGUAAGUAGGAAAACCUGCAAAAUCAGCAGUGUAUCAAAUACUUGUUCUCCCCACUGUAUAUGUAUCUAACCAAGGCUGUUUGACUAGAUGAACCUCAUUGCACCCAGGGUUUACUGCAGGGUUGGGGUCAAUUCAGGAAGUUCCCAUUCCAAUAUUCCUUAAUGCGUUUCAAUGAGGUAAAUGUGGAAUUGGAAUUUCAAGUUUACUUCCUGAAUUGACUGAAUUUAAAUGGAAUUGACCACAACCCUGGUUUAGAGUAACAACCUGUUCCUAAUUGGAGUCUAUGGAGAUUGUUGAGAUUACUUGGAUCUGUACUAAACUGUGCUUUAGCCUUAUCCUCACAUUUUUGUCCUAAAAUGACAGAGAGAAAGAAAGGCUUCGAGGUUAGCGUGUGUCUGCGUGCGUGUGUGCGUGCGUGCGUGCGUGCGUUUGUGUGCGCAAGACCUCUGAGUGGUCUCUUUAUGCCCCGGUCCCACACUGUUGGCUCAGAGGCAGAAGCCUACAGAGAAAACAAGGGCAUGUCUUAAAGGCUUAUAGCACACAGCCUUUCCCUUACAAGCCUCUUUGAGUUAACAGUCUAAAGUGAAAUUAUUUUAAGGCUACUGUCUCUCAGUAUAGUACAAUGAUCAUGAGAUCACAGUCUAUGCUUGACUCAGUAUAGAAUACCUCAGCGACCAUGUUGGCAUUUGUCAUCUAUCAUAGGCUACAUACACAUUCAUGCUCUGUCAUGCUCCACUGCAAAGUAAUUUCACUACUGUACUUCAUAUGCAGAGAACAUAUGGAGGCUAACAGAUUUUUGUAUUUUACAGUGUCAAAAGAUAGACAAUGAUAUGCAUUAUGCAGCCAUGUAAAGGUAUCCCUGUGGGAGCUCAUAAUUUUUUUUUCUCCAAGGCACUCCAGUUAAAAUCUCUUUAUAUCCACACACGGAUUAUCCUGGACUCAGAUCUGUUUGUGCUGUGUUGCCAACAACCUACACAGGGAUUAGGUCAAAAACAACAACGAGGUUUCGACUAUAGACCACCUUCAUCAGAUUGUGUAUCUCCUGUGCUCCGCUUCAACAGGUGUGUGCCUCCCGCCCCGCCCCCCACAACGGCCCUCACCUGUGUGUUGCGGUGCUUCCCCUGCGAGCCUAGCUGGGCCGGCAGCCCCUUCCUGCACCGUCCCCCCACCCCGCCACACCCGAUGGUCAGGAUGACGCGCUCCAAGACCUUCCAGGCCUACCUGCCCAGCUGCCACCGAACCUACAGCUGCAUCCACUGCAGAGCGCACCUGGCCAACCACGACGAGCUCAUCUCCAAGGUGAAUACUGACUUUAACAUACCGACCACAACUGUCCAUUCCCUAAUAACACUGCUUUCUCUAAUUGUGUUUCCCUCAAUCUAUUCCACAUUUCCUUUAAAGAGCCGCUGAACAUGCCGAUUGGCACGUAUGUUUUUCUGUUGCUCAUUAGAAAAACUAGAUUUCAGUCUUGGAUGUGUGUUUCCUAACCGAUUCCGCAUUUGGUUAAUGAUGUUUGUCCCCCGUGAGACACUGUAGAUGUGGAAGCCUAUUUCACUUUCCUCAAAGUCCCCUGAAUGAAUCUAAGAACUUGCAGAGGAUGUUUUAGUCACGCAAUUUUAGAUCUAACUAAGUUGUUUGGUGCAGUAUUUCUCAAGUAAAAAAAUGCCUGACGUGUUGUCUUAUGUAAACAGUCGGAGCUGCUGGGCAGGUCUGUCUCACUGUCUAUGCUAUUGGAUUGAGAGCAAUGUUAUUGGGCAAAUGGACAUCGUCAUUUACCCGUUGUGACGCACGGAUGUUCCAAACAAAAUUUUAGACGAGACUUAUCCUAAUUACACACUGUACUACAUCUUUACACUAGAAUAACUGUUUCUGACUCAUAUCGAUGCCACAUAGGCCGUUUUCAAAGGGAUUCAUUGCUUUUUAAAGGCAGUCAAUCUUUAAAGCCCAGCCCUACCACACCUGGGUGGUGUUCAUUAGGGCAUGCAGCGGAAAACGUUUUCAAACGUUUUGCAACAGAAAAUUAGAGUAUUUCUUGUUUGACAAGUCCAGAUAGACACUCCGUGUUUCAGUCCGUUUUCUUCUGUUUUGUGCCGAAUGAACUUGACCCUGAUUCUACUAAUCAAGGGUUUGGUAAUAAGUUGAAUCAUGUAUUUAAGGGAAACACUGCCCUGCAAGUCAUUCCCAAGAGAGAGCAUGAGAGAACAUGCUACUGUUUGGCUCCAGGACUUACUUGGAAGAGAUGUCCAUCUUAACGUGACUUCCCUGGUUAAAUAAAGGAUAUACUGUAUAAAUACUGUAGUUUUUACAGAUUAAUUAGAACUUUCAAUGCAUCGCACUGUAAUAACUGGAAAGGUAUUGAGUGCUUGCUGCAGCUGUCUUAAAGCUCUGCUGGCAGACUCCUUCACACUUGGACCUAGUAUUACAGCUGAUGCUGCACUUUCAGACUGGAAACGAGCCUACUGCACCUGCUCAUUUCACCGCCAUCAUACUUCCACAGCUUGUGUGGGUGUGUGUGUUUGUAUGUUAGAAUAUUACUAUUUCCAUGUGCUACACUAUGUAAAGUAAACCCUCACCUGUACAGAAGGCACAUGUGUCUGUCAGUCAGUCAGUCAGUCUUACUUUAAAGGCAAAAUCUGGGAUAUUUCCUGCUGUUCAAUGAUCACGCCAAUGAAGUGGCGGGGCUGUGGAUCCUUUUUAACCUACUUAUCUUCUUCUCAUGCAGUCUUUCCAGGGGAGCCAAGGCAGAGCUUAUCUGUUCAACUCAGUGUGAGUAUCAGUGUGUUUGCAUGUAGAUACAGUACAGCCAUGAUCCAGUUCUCAGCCCACGAGCACAAUCACAAUGAGUAUGAAAUGAAGAUGCUCAUUCCUACUGUAUGAACACGGUCCCUAUCUAGCUCAGUAUGAAGUGCCUUUGGGCAAUAUUAUCUAGUGUGUGAGUGGGCGUUAUGACUCAGUAUAGACAGGCAACAGCUUAUGAGCUUGCUUUCUCUUGCUCUCUCUCGCUCUCUCUCUCUCAGGGUGAACGUGGGGUGUGGGCCGGCGGAAGAGAGAGUGUUGCUCACGGGGCUGCAUGCUGUGGCAGAUAUCUACUGUGAGAACUGCAAGACAACUCUGGGUUGGAAAUAUGUGAGUGUAAGAGUGUGCACGUGUCUGGGGGGGGCAGAUACUGUAUCUAGAGUUAGAGAGGAUAGGCACUGGCACAUUAUUACCUUCAUUAGUAAUACCUUAUUAGAUCGUUGUAGAAUUGAAAUGCUGUGAACUAAUAAAGAUUUUGGAACAAUUGAGUGUGCAGGCCCUACUUCACUGUUCAUGUUAUCGUAUUUACAUGGCUGAGUUCUGGUCUUAAUUUUGAAUCCUGAGACUAUUUUGGGCCCAUCAUUCCUAAUAUCAGUGUAACAUUACAGUACAAAGGCUGACUCAGUAAAGGGACUCCUUGCAGUCCCAAUCUUGAUCUAAGGGGCAUAUUUCUCAUGAUGUAGGCCUAUAAAUUUUCCAAGUACUCAAUCAACCGAAGUUGACCUCCUUCUCCUAGUUCAAAUAUGUUUAUUAUUAUUAUUUUUUAAAUGUUAAAUAUAUAGGGGAAAAUGCACAUUAAUCAACAUCAAUAUUACAAUAAUGCAACAUCCAUGUAAAUGUGCCAGGGUUAGCCAAAAGCUAAUUUGCACCCGUAGUCCCAGGGCAGGUAAAGGCAAUUAUACUGCCACAAUACAAAUACACACUAAAACAAUACAAAAUACAAAUACUUGACAUCCAAUAAUAUAUAAUUCUAACAACAACAACAACUUAUUCGUAAUAAAAACACUGUAAUCUUACAUAUGAGGAACCACAGAUAACUCAUGUGCACAGGUUUGGAUAGAUUUGAGCCAUGUUUUCAAUUUAAAUGUAAAAGUGCAAUAAUCAGUGCAGCUUUUCAAGUCCAUGAGCAUUGCAUUCCAGUAUAUUGUAGCUCUAACAGAGAAGGCCGAUUGACCGAAUAUGCUGUGUAGGGACAACGCAAUCCCCUCUAGUUACUGCUCUUGUUAUCCUGGAGGUGUUUUCCUUGAGCAUGAUAUGCCGGCAUAGAGGUGGAGGGGCAAGACCAUGCAGGAUCUUAAAGACAAGGCUUGCAUCUACAUACUGCUUAAAGCUAUCCAGACUGAAUAAAUUAUGUUUGUGAAUGACGUGACAAUGGUGGUAACUGUUUGGUUUGUUAUCAAAAACCUUAAGUGUUUGUUUGUAGAGUGAUUCAAUUGGUUUCAGAAUAGUAGCCAUUCAUGCUGGGCUGUCCACACUGAGAUAACUGUAGUGAUUCAAGACCAGUUUGACCAGCAACAAGAACAACUGCUUAUCCAAGCACAAAUUAGACAAAGGGUUAGAAUCCGUUCAAAAAAAGAUAUCUGUUUUAAUGUAUACAAAAUAAGAAGGCCCUAUAAAUAAUGUAGCCUACAAAUAAUGUAGCCAAUAUAUAUAUAAUGUAGCCUAUAUACAGGUUAAUGUACCCUAUAUCUAAUGUGCCUUCGGAAAGUAUUCAGACCCCUUGACAUUUUCCAAAUUUUGCUACGUUACAGCCUUAUUCUAAAAUUGAUUAAAUAAAUACAAAUCCUCGGCAAGCUACACACAAUACCCCAUAAUGACAAAGUGAAAACAGGUUUUUAGACAUUUUAGCAAAUGUAUAAAAAAUUAAAAACAGAAAUACCUUAUUUACAUAAGUAUUCAGACCCUUUGCUAUGAGACUCGAAAUUGAGCUCAGGUGCAUCCUGUUUCCAUUGAUCAUCCUUGAGAUGUUUCUACAACUUGAUUGGAGUCCACCUGUGGUAAAUUCAAUUGAUUGGACAUGAUUUGGAAGGGCACACACCUGUCUAUAUAAGGUCCCACAGUUGACAGUGCAUGUCAGAGCAAAACCAAGCCAUGAGGUUGAAGGAAUUAUCCGUAGAGCUGGGAUUGUGUCGAGGCACAGAUCUGGGGAAGGGUACCAAAACAGUUCUGCAGCAUUGAAGGUCCCCAAGAACACAGUGGCCUCCAUCAUUCUUAAAUGGAAGAAGUUUGGAACCACCAAGCCUCUUCCUAGAGCUGGUCACCCGGCCAAACUGAGCAAUCGGGGGAGAAGGGCCUUGGUCAGGGAGGUGACCAAGAACCCGAUGGUCACUCUGACAGAGCUCUAGAGUUCCGCUGUCACGUCUACACCCGCUCCCCCUCUCCGGUGCUCGAGGUCACCAGUUCACUCGUUCACUCAUCAUUACGCACACCUGCGCUUCAUUAUGGGACUCACCUGGACUCCAUCACGUCAUUGAUUACCUCCCCUAUAUCUGUCACUCCCUCAGGUUCAUUCGCCAGUCAGCAUUGAUGUUAUGUUUCUCAUGUCCAGACGCUGUUCUUGGUUUGUUCUAUGUUUAUUUAUUAUUAAACCCUCACCCUGUACUACUCGUCUCCCAGCGUCUGUGUUACAGAAUGCUGAUUCAACAAUUGGAAGCAACAGGAAUUUUUCUGGUGUCGUAGCUAAGCAGGGUCGGGCCUGAUUAAUACUUGGUUGGGAGAAUGCUUGGGAAUACCAGAUGCUGGAAGCUUUUACAGAAUGCUGACUCUCAGCCAGUUUGUCAGGCUCCCAUGCCUCAGCCGGCUCGUCAGGCUCCCAUGCCUCAGCCGGCUCGUCAGGCUCCCAUGCCUCAGCCGGCUCGUCAGGCUCCCAUGCCUCAGCCGGCUCGUCAGGCUCCCAUGCCUCAGCCGGCCCGUCAGGCUCCCAUGCCUCAGCCGGCCCCGUCAGGCUUCCAUGCCUCAGCCGGCCCCGUCAGGCUUCCAUGCCUCAGCCGGCCCCGUCAGGCUUCCAUGCCUCAGCCGGCCCACUCAGGCUCCCAUGCUUCAGCCGGCCCCCUCAGGCUCCCAGUACUGAGUAAAGGGUCUGAAUACUUAGAUAAAUGUGAUAUUUCCGUUUGUUAUUUUUUAUACAUUUGCAAAGAAUUCUAAAAAUCAGUUUUUGCUUUGUCAAUAUGGGGUAUUGUGUGUAGAUUGAUGAGGGGAAAAAACUAUUUUAUCAAUUUUAGAAUAAGGCUGUAACCUAACAAAAUGUGGAAAAAGUCAAGGAGUCUGAAUACAUUCCGAAGGCACUGUAUAAUGUAGUGUGUAUAUAUAAUGUAGCCUAUAUAUAAUGUAGCCUAUAUAUAAUGUGGCCUAUAUAUAUGAGGAGAUAGAUGUGGACAUCAAUCUGAGUUGUACUGAAAAAAUACAUUCAGUUACUGUUCCUUGUGGAACACAAAUGUAUACAUUAUAUACACUACCAUUCAAAAGUUUGGGGUCACUUAGAAACAUCCUUGUUUUCCAUGAAAACAUACAUGAAAUGAGUUUGAAUAGGAAAUAUAGCAACAUGCAUAGGAAAUGUAGUCAUUAACAAGAUUAGAAAUAAUGAUUUUUAAUAUAAAUAAUAAUUGUGUCCUUCAAACUUUUCUUUCAUCAAAGAAUCCUACAUUUGCAGCUAUUACAGCCUUGCAGACCUUUGGCAUUCUAGUUGUCAAUUUGCUGUAUACAGUUGAAGUCGGAAGUUCACAUACACCUUAGCCAAAUACAUUUAAACUCAGUUUUUCACAAUUCCUGACAUUUAAUCCUAGUAAAGAUUCCCUGUCUUAUGUCAGUUAGGAUCACCACUUUAUUUUAAGAAUGUGAAAUGUCAGAAUAAUAGUAGAGAGAAGGAUUUAUUUAAGCUUUUAUUUCUUUCAUCACAUUCCCAGUGGGUCAGAAGUUUACAUACACUCAAUUAGUAUUUGGUAGCAUUACCUUUAAACUGUUUAACUUGGGUCAAACGUUUUGGGUAGCCUUCCAGAAGCUUCCCACAAUAAGUUGGGUGAAUUUUGGCCCAUUCCUCCUGACAGAGCUGGUGUAACUGAGUCAGGUUUGUAGGCCUCCUUGCUCGCACAUGCUUUUUCAGUUCUGGCCACAAAUGUUCUAUAGGAUUGAGGUCAGGGCUUUGUGAUGGCCACUCCGAUACCUUGACUUUGUUGUCCUUAAACCAUUUUGCCACAACUUCAAUAUAUCCACAUAAUUUUCCUUCCUCAUGAUGCAAUCUAUUUUGUGAAGUGCACCAGUCCCUCCUGCAGCAAAGCACCCCCACAGCAUGAUGCUGCCACCCCCGUGCUUCACAGUUGGGAUGGUGUUCUUCGUCUUGCAAGCAUCCCCCUUUUUCCUCCAAACAUAACGAUGGUCAUUAUGGCCAAACAGUUCUAUUUUUGUUUCAUCAGACCAGAGGACAUUUCUCCAAAAAGUACGAUCUUCGUCCCCAUGUGCAGUUUGUGCCGGUUUUGGAGCAGUGGCUUCUUCCUUGUUGAGCGGUCUUUCAGGUUAUGUCAAUAUAGGACUCGUUUAACUGUGGAUAUAGAUACUUUUGUACUUGUUUCCUCCAGCUUCUUCACAAGGUCCUUUGCUGUUGUUCUGUGAUUGAUUUGCACUUUUCGCACCAAAUACGUUAAUCUCUAGGAGACAUAACGCGUCUCCUUCCUGAGUGGUAUGACGGCUGCGUGGUCCCAUGGUGUUUAUACUUGCUUACUAUUGUUUGUACAGAUGAACGUGGUACCUUCAGGCGUUUGGAAAUUGCUCCUAAGGAUGAACCAGACUUGUGGAGGUCUACAAUUUUUUUGGGCUGAUUUCUUUAGAUUUUCCCAUGAUGUCAAGCAAAGAGGCAUGGAGUUUGAAGGUAGGCCUUGAAAUACAUCCACAGUUACACCUCCAAUUGACUCAAAUGAUGUCAAUUAGGCUAUCAGAAGCGUCUAAAGCCAUGACAUCAUUUUCUGGAAUUUUCCAAGCUGUUUAAAGUUACAGUCAACUUAGUGUAUGUAAACUUCUGAACCACUGGAAUUGUGAUACAGUGAAUUAUAAGUGAAAUAAUCUGUCUGUAAACAAUUGUUGGAAAAAUUACUUGUGUCAUGCACAAAGUAGAUGUCCUAACCAACUUGCCAAAACUAUAAUUUGUUAACAAUACUUUUUUUGAGUGGUUGAAAAACUUGUUUUAAUGACUCCAACCUAAGUGUAUGUAAACUUCCGACUUCAACUGUAUAUACACUGCUCAAAAAAAUCACUAAAAUAACACAUCCUAGAUCUGAAUGAAUGAAAUAAUCUUAUUAAAUACAUAGUUGAAUGUGCUGACAACAAAAUCACACAAAAAUUAUCAAUGGAAAUCAAAUUUAUCAACCCAUGUAGGUCUGGAUUUGGAGUCACCCUCAAAAUUAAAGUGGAAAACCACACUACAGGCUGAUCCAACUUUGAUGUAAUGUCCUUAAAACAAGUCAAAAUGAGGCUCAGUAGUGUGUGUGGCCUCCACGUGCCUGUAUGACCUCCCUACAACGCCUGGGCAUGCUCCUGAUGAGGUGGCGGAUGGUCUCCUGAGGGAUCUCCUCCCAGACCUGGACUAAAGCAUCCGCCAACUCCUGGACAGUCUGUGGUGCAACGUGGCGUUGGUGGAUGGAGCGAGACAUGAUGUCCCAGAUGUGCUCAAUUGGAUUCAGGUCUGGGGAACGGGCGGGCCAGUCCAUAGCAUCAAUGCCUUCCUCUUGCAGGAACUGCUGACACACUCCAGCCACAUGAGGUCUAGCAUUGUCUUGCAUUAGGAGGAACCCAGGGCCAACCGCACCAGCAUAUGGUCUCACAAGGGGUCUGAGGAUCUCAUCUCGGUACCUAAUGGCAGUCAGGCUACCUCUGGCGAGCACAUGGAGGGCUGUGCGGCCCCCCAAAGAAAUGCCACCCCACACCAUGACUGACCCACCGCCAAACCGGUCAUGCUGGAGGAUGUUGCAGGCAGCAGAACGUUCUCCACGGCGUCUCCAGACUCUGUCACUUCUGUCACAUGUGCUCAGUGUGAACCUGCUUUCAUCUAUGAAGAGCACAGGGCGCCAGUGGCGAAUUUGCCAAUCUUGGUGUUCUCUGGCAAAUGCCAAACGUCCUGCACGGUGUUGGGCUGUAAGCACAACCCCCACCUGUGGACAUCGGGCCCUCAUACCACCCUCAUGGAGUCUGUUUCUGACCGUUUGAGCAGACACAUGCACAUUUGUGGCCUGCUGGAGGUCAUUUUGCAGGGCUCUGGCAGUGCUCCUCCUGCUCCUCCUUGCACAAAGGCGGAGGUUGCAGUCCUGCUGCUGGGUUGUUUCCCUCCUACGGCCUCCUCCACGUCUCCUGAUGUACUGGCCUGUCUCCUGGUAGCGCCUCCAUGCUCUGGACACUACGCUGACAGACACAGCAAACCUUCUUGCCACAGCUCGCAUUGAUGUGCCAUCCUGGAUGAGCUGCACUACCUGAGCCACUUGUGUGGGUUGUAGACUCCGUCUCAUGCUACCACUAGAGUGAAAGCACCGCCAGCAUUCAAAAGUGACCAAAACAUCAGCCAGGAAGCAUAGGAACUGAGAAGUGGUCUGUGGUCACCACCUGCAAAACCAGUCCUUUAUUGGGGGUGUCUUGCUAAUUGCCUAUAAUUUCCACCUGUUGUCUAUUCCAUUUGCACAACAGCAUGUGAAAUGUAUUAUCAAUCAGUGUUGCUUCCUAAGUGGACAGUUUGAUUUCACAGAAGUGUGAUUGACUUGGAGUUACAUUGUGUUGUUUACGUGUUCCCUUAAUUUUUUUGAGCAGUGUAUGAUAUAGAUGUGGACAGCUUUAUAUUUGCACUGAAGUAUAAUUGUGCCACCAUGUUCAGUACUUAGUAAAGGUGGUAUUUCUAGCAGCAGGUCAAUGUGGAACACACAGCCGGUCCACAUACCAGCUGUCCAGUUUAUCAGCCUGGUCACUACCACUUCCCCCCUCAGACCCCUGUGUGUGUGUGUGUGUGUGUGUGUGUGUGUGUGUGUGUGUGUGUGUGUGUGUGUGUGUGUGUGUGGUGGGGGGGGGGGUGUUAUGACUCACACGUACCUCACACGUCUGCCCAGAUAUAACGAAACGUGGGGCGAGGCCAUUAAUAUCCCUGAAACGGUUGUUUCUACAACGCCAUCCGAGUUCAACAGACGCUUGACCCAGUGGACUUCCAGACCAUGAAACCUGAUAACGCCUCUCUCUGCUUGAAAAGGAAAGACUACAUAUGAUUGAGAUGUACAGUAAAAACACAUUUGACUACAUUUGUAAUCUGCAGUGGCCCACAGCACUCUCUGCAAUGCUCCAUUAUAUAACAUGGUUCAGUAAGGUUGGAGGCGAAAUCAGAGGACAGUGUUUUCAAUGGCAAUGAGUGUGAAGUCUUUCAUCCCGGAAAAGCCUCAUCUUCUUUCUCCCCUUCCUCCUUCUCUCUCCCCCUCCCUCUUUUCCACCCCUUCCUCCCUCCAUCUCUUCCCCCACCCUGACACUCCCCCACAGGAGCAUGCCUUUGAGAGCAGUCAGAAGUACAAGGAGGGCAAGUUCAUCAUUGAGCUGGCCCACAUGAUCAAGGACAACGGCUGGGACUGA